AUGGCCACUACCACCACCAUCAGUGACGAGUCCUGGGGCCGUGUCUCACGCAGGACCGCCAGUGGUAAAACCCUUCAUUACGUUCUGCGAGUACUUCAGCAGCCUGAGCGUGCUAGAGCAUGCGGCUCUGGACCGAAGUCCUCCGCGGAUCGUCGGCCGGUCGAUCCACCCCCGAUUGUGCAGUUGCACAUCUACGAAGGCGAAAAUCCCCACACGGCCAAAGAUGUCACGUUUGAUUAUAAUGCAUUCUUCUUCCUGUAUGUUUCGCUCGAAAAUGCACGCCCAAUCGCCCACGGCCGGGUGCAGACCCCAGCAGCCACUUCGCCGCCCGUUUUGACGGGCAUGCCCGUCUCGGGAUGUGCCUACCUCGACCGCCCCGACCCCGCUGGAUAUUUCCUCUUCCCCGACUUAUCUGUCCGCCACGAAGGACCGUACCGACUAUCCUUUGAGCUGUACGAGCAGAGGAAGGAGCGCGGGGAUUUCGACCUGCCCGACCCGACAGCCAACCCAGAGGUCCUCGAGGAGGAUGAAUGUUUCAACCACGUGCUGGGCAUCAAGUCCCAGAAGUUCCAUGUCUUCAGCGCAAAGAAGUUCCCCGGCCUGGCGGAAAGCACCGCGUUGAGCCGCACCAUAGCAGAACAGGGCUGCCGCGUGCGGAUUCGGAGAGAUGUUCGCAUGCGACGACGUGAGGGCAAGACCAGCAACAACGACGAGUUCGAGCAGGCACAGCAGGAUGAGCUGGCCAGGCAACGGAGGACCCAGUCUCCCGCCGAUGUGUAUCGGGCCCGGUCUGCAAGUAAUUCCAGCAUGGACCGGGCACCCUAC